GGCAAAAAAAAAAAAAAAUCGGGUGGGUUGAGGAAGGUAAAGUUGGGGGGCUCUGUUCUCUUGUUUUGCUUUCGUCUUAGUGGCGUUUAAGUCUCUGCACGGAAUUCGCUUCUCCUGGGGGGAAGAAGCUUACGUUGAUCAUUUUCUAGGGUUUUCUUCGGGAAGCACAUCUCCCUUCCUCCUCGUUGCUUCCCUUACAUGGUUUAAUUUCCGGAAAUGCUGAAAUAUCCAGGGUGAUGAGUUGAGGAACAAUAUGCCUUCAUCAGUGAUGUGCUUUCGCUUGGGUAACUGGGGUGUUAUCCAACGGUUAUAUCUGCCACGGCUUUUAGCUGACUACCAUAUUUGGCUUUCAUGAAACUAAAUGGUGCCGGAGGCCUCUUUAGCAAUGGACUCUUUUGAGACUGUUAGUUGGCUUAAAGGCUGUUUGGUUCAUCGGUUUUUGUUAUUUAUCAUCUGGUUGUCAAGCUUACAGGAUGUAGUUGCACCCCAUAAACUCCAUGAGCCUAGUAAUAUGUCCUCAACCUCUGAGUUGGCAAAUCCACCUGGGAUUGGACCAACUGAUCCUAUACAAGUAUCACCAUCAGUCAUCCCCCGAUAUACAUCACCUGCUGCACCUUGGCCACCACCUAUGUAUCCUACCUUUCCUAAUAUGUACGAACCAAAUUUAACUGGGAAAUGUCCUGCAAACUUUUCAGCAAUUUCAACCAUUUUGGACAGAACUGCUUCUGACUGUUCCCAGCCAUUUGCUGCGCUCGUGGGGAAUGUGGUCUGCUGUCCACAGUUUGCUAGUUUACUUCAUAUUUUCCUGGGGCAGCACAAUGUCAAAUCAGAUAAGUUGGUUCUGCCAGAUGCCGUUGCUGCAGAUUGUUUUUCAGAUGUCAUUAGGAUCCUGGUCAGCAGAAGAGCAAAUAUGAGUAUACCUUCACUUUGCUCUGUAACAUCAUCAAAUCUAACUGGAGGUUCUUGUCCAGUAAAAGACGUUAAGACCUUUGAGAAAUUAGUAAAUACCAGCAAAUUACUGGAUGCAUGUAGCACUGUUGAUCCUCUCAAGGAGUGUUGCAGGCCGGUUUGUCAACCUGCAAUAAUGGAAGCUGCACUUCAGAUUUCAGGAAACCAAAUGGCAUUUGGUGAUAGAAUUCCUGUAGGAGAGUCAAACAACGUCAAUGCCAUUAAUGAUUGCAAGAAUGUGGUGUAUUCAUACAUUUCCAGGAAGCUCCCGGCAGACACUGCAAAUUCUGCAUUUCGUAUAUUAUCUUCAUGCAAAGUCAAUAGGGCUUGCCCCUUGGAAAUUAAACAACCAACAGAAGUUAUUAACGCUUGCCGGAAUGUAGCUUCUCCAAGCCCUUCUUGCUGUAGCUCGUUGAAUGCAUACAUUUCUGGGAUACAAAACCAAAUGCUAAUAACAAACAAGCAGGCCAUAGUAUGUGCAACAGUUAUCGGCUCCAUGUUAAGGAAAGGUGGUGUCAUGACAAAUAUUUACGAGCUUUGUGAUGUUGAUCUGAAAGAUUUUAGUGUCCAAGCAGCAUACGGAAUGCAACAAGGGUGUCUUCUCAGGAGCUAUCCUGCAGACUUGAUAUUCGACAACACAACAGGCUACAGUUUUACAUGUGAUCUAACAGACAAUAUCGCUGCUCCAUGGCCAUCUUCUUCCUCAAUGUCUUCCUUGUCUCUCUGUGCUCCUGAGAUGUCCUUGCCUGCCUUGCCAACAUCUCAGACUCUUAAAAAUCAUGGGUAUUGCCAUCGUGCGGCGGGGACAUCGGUUACCAUCUUUUCGAUUUUCGUUCUUUGGUGUUUCGGUGUUAUGAGGGUUUGAAUAUGAUGAUGAGAUUUAGGGGUUGUUUUCAUGGUAAGAGGGCUUUUGAUCAUAUCACAUACCAUGCAGCUUUUUUUGUGUUGUAUAUUUUCAGAGUACGGUCUGGUCUCGUGUUUCAUGUAUAGCAUCUCCCUCUUUUUCUGUA